AUGGCAAAGAAAGGACGCCGGGCGCAACGCGGCGCGAGGAGAGGCAGUGGCCGCGGUAGCCGCCAGCAGCCGCCUGCGGCGCGCAGUGCCCGUCCGCACGGCGAGUUCAGCGAGCUGAUGGACCUGCAGGCCGGCCACAUGGCCCGGGAGGUCGAGUUCACGGGCCGUCACCGCGAGGAGACGCUGAAACGGCCGCUGCGCAAGCUGCCGAUGGAGUUCGUCAAGGCGCGCGAGGUGUACGACCCGCGCCAGCUGCUGAAGGGGGUGCGAGGAAUGCACCUGGAGGGGGACGAGCAGACAGAAGAGGAGGGACAGACGCUAAUAGAGGAGGAGGAGGAGGAGGAGGAGGAGGGAGGGCCGGGAGAGCCCGACGAGAGCGAAAGUGCGCAGGAAGCUGACUCCCCCCGCGAAACCCACGGAGAGCUGCCCGAGUCCGACGACGCGGGCGAGGCGAUAUACGACAUAGACAACGACGCGGGCUCGUUCAGGGAGUCGGACGCCUCCUCCGCUGAAGGCCCGGUGCCGUUCGGCUACGACGCCGACGACUACGCGUUCAACGUGGAUCUCGUGCGCAUCGACAACGUGCGCUACGGCGCGGCCACCACGCAGUACUUCGCACGCUGCGCGUUUCUGGAAGACGAGACGCAGUGGUUCGACAGAGACGACCUCGCGGAGCUGCUCGUGGACCACGGGCUGCCGGAACACCGUGUGGCCGCGUUUUUCGAGUACGCGACCGAGCAUCUUCGCGAGCCGGAGCCGCUGCCGGAGCCGGCCUCGAGCGACGACGACUCUGACGGGUCUGGCGUCGACGACAUGGUGGCGUUCUACUCGUCGCGCGUGAUCAACGACCCGAUCGAGCUCGCGGAGCCGACGGCGUCGCUGCAGACGACCGGCAAGGGCCGCAAGAAACGGCUGGUGCUGGAGGAAGACAUGGACGAGGACCUGCGGCAGACGCUUCUGGAGAGUUUUUCCAGGCGGCACCGGUCAAAGGAGAAGCCGCGCAGCGUCGCGAACGGCACCGGCGAGCUGCUGGCCAAGUACCCGUUUGAGCUGCACGUGCGCGACAUGAAGCACGAGUACGACCUUUUCUACCACGACGCGAGCCGCGAGACGCUGCAGUGGCCGCCGCUGGACCCGCACGGGCUGCGCACGCUGCGCAAACUGGCCGAGUGCUACCACCUCAAGCCGCGCAGCCUGGGCAACGGGCCGAAGACGCACCUGGUGGCGAUCAAGACGAAGCACACGUACAAGCGGGUACCGGACUACUCGCAGGUUGCGCGGAUCAUGAAGCAGCGGCCGAUUUUCCGGCGCACAGACGUGCACCUGUCGAAAGACGAGAUCAUGGAGCUGAAGAACAAGCGCAAGAAGAGCAGCAAGGAGCACGGCCAGGGCCGCAAGUGGGCGCCGCGCGAGGGCGACGUGGUGGCGGCGGCGGCGCCGGAGAUCAGCGCGGACAACGUGGGGCGGCAGCUGCUCGAGAAGAUGGGGUGGCAGAAGGGCAGCGCGCUGGGCAGGACCAACAGCGGCAUCACCGAGCCGAUCCAGGCGACGGUGAAGCUGACGAAACAGGGCAUCGGCAGCGCGAGCACGCAGAAGUAG